AUGCGGCCUACCUUCUCUGCUUGCGGGGCCCUUUUGCUGUCCACCCUCGCUGAUGCGACCUGGACCAACUACACCUACAAAACCGGUCCCUGGCAGCCUCCUCAGCUGGAAUUGACCAAGACUGGCGAUGUCGAUCCGGGCCUGAUUUUCAUCCCAGUCCGUAACUCCAACACGGCCGGUACCGCGGUGACAAUCUACGACAAUGAUGGCGAACUCGUCUACCAGGGCCCCGAGGAGAUCACCAUGGACUUCAAGAUGCAAAAGCUGUUCGGCAAGAAUGUCAUCACCUUCUGGUCCGGUGUACCCGAGAUCGCCGGUGGAUACGGCUACGGUACUGUUCACAUCCUCGACGAAACAUACAACGAGAUCUACACAAUCACCCUCAAUGGGAACUUCCAGACCGCCAGCGGUGAGGCCCGGGACUCCUACAUCGAUGUUCACGAGCAUAUCAUCACUCCUCGGAACACUAUUAUCGUCUCGGCUAUUAACGUCACCGAGUACGACCUCAGCUCUGCCGGUGGCCCAACCGACGGCUGGAUGACCGUCAGCCAGUUCUACGAGAUUGACAUUCCUACCAAUGAGGUCCUCUACAAGUGGGAUGCUCUCGAGCACCAGGCUGGCAUUCCCCUCUCUGCAUCCAAGCAGGCUGUCCAGUCCGGUGUCUCUCGAGAGACACCCUGGGAUUGCUACCACAUGAACUCCGUCGAAGCUACCAACGAGGGCUUCCUGAUCUCCAUGCGUUUCUACUGGUCCGCCUUCUACCUGAACCAAGACGGUACCGUCCGCUGGCAACUUUCCGGCGCCGAUGAUGACGAGGGCGAUUUCACUGGCGACGAUAUCCGCUUCUCCUGGCAACACCACGCCCGCAUAUACAAUGAGACCGACGAGGCCCUCAUUCUAAGCAUCUUCAACAACGCCAACGGCCAAGGCGAGUCCCAAAGCGAAACAACCGGCAUGGCUUUUGAAGUCGACUUGACCAGCAUGGCCGGUACCCUGAUGUACAACGUAUCCGACCCCAACGACGCAGUCUACACCCAGACUCAAGGUAGCUUCCAGUUCCUGGGCGCCGCCGCCACAACCUCCAAUCUCUUCAUGGGCUACGGCUCCACUCCCAAGGUCAAAGAAUACGAUGGUGCUGGCAAUGUUGUCCUAUCCGGCCAGUUCGAUCCCUUGGGCCACGGCGAGUCUUACCGUGCCUUCAAGUUUCCCUGGACUGCUACACCUUUCUGGAACCCUGUCGCUGUCGCCGAGACCUCUCUCCUCUCAGCUACUGUUUAUAUGAGCUGGAAUGGUGCUACCGAGUAUGAUAACUGGGCUGUUUACUCUGUUCCUUCUGAGAGCUCUAAUGCGACGAAACUGCUUACUACUGUUGACCGCACUGGGUUUGAAACGCAGGCUGUUGUUAGUAUCUUGGGUACCUCCUUUGUUAAGGUUGCUGCUCGUCAGGGUAGUACUCUUCUGCGCUUCUCAGAUGCUAUUAGCGUUUAA